AUGGAUACAGGAGGACAAUCUAACGAAGAUAUAGAUGCUCUUCUUCGUCUUCAGGACAUCUAUGCUAUCAAAUCUUUGAAAUCCUUAAAGGAAUCUAGAGAUUAUCACGAAAACGCUUUUCCCGAAUCUGUGCUCUGCAAGAAUACCGAUGAAGGGUAUCAUCAUCUGAAGGCACAGAAAAAUAUCUCAAACCUUCGUCCAGCAGGAUAUAAGGAAGAUGUGGUGUUGAAAAUGACACGAUCGGACGAUAUACUGGUCAGAAUUAGCUGUCCAGUAUGUGAGUCCAGCGCUUUCCGACAUAUUGAUGAGUUUAUAACUCAUCUCUGUGAGGAUGAACAGCUUCCCAUAUUUACAACUCAUGAAGAGGCCGAACUUAUCCGUGAAACACCGGACUUGCUUGCCCUUGAAUUUGGUACGAUUCUUGACAGUAGCCAACAAAACACCUCAGCGAAUUUGAAGAUCCAGGAGCUGAUCGAGAGUGGUCUCGAUCCAAACUCUCAGCUUCACAUUGAUUAUUCAAAAGAUCCACACAACUCAUCGUUUAAGUAUUUAAGGAGGAGACUACGCAGUAGGCUUGACAAUAACGAGCAAUUCGAUCAGCUAGUCCAGGAGGUCACGAAGAUGUAA